AUAUAUUAUCAAGUUGAAUAUAGAUAUUAUAUCUGAUUCGACAGUGUUUUUCAGCCAGUCUAUAUAAUGUUUACUCCGCGCAAUUUACAACGACCUUGUGCCGUGUAAUUAUUUCUAAGUAAAUUAUAAUCUGUGUACUUCAAAUUAUUUUACAUUUACCUCCUGUUUUAACUGAUGGUACUGAAAACAUACCGAAGCGAUGGAUAAAAUUUAUUUCUUUGUAAAUGGCCAGCGAUAUACAUCCAAUGGAUCGGAUGUAGACGAAUCGACGUCAUUGAAUGAUUAUCUCCGAAAUACCCUGGGUCUGUUCGGUACUAAGUCGAUGUGCAACGAAGGAGGAUGUGGUGCUUGCGUUGUCUCCGUAGCACAGUACAACCCUGUUACUAAAGCGAAGGACGUGUUUGCUGUUAACUCUUGUUUAGUACACAUCUUAUCAUGUCAUACGUGGGAAAUAACAACAAUAGAAGGAUUGGGGAACCAGAGAGUUGGUUACCACCCUCUUCAGAGCAGGCUGGCGAUGUUCAAUGGCACACAAUGCGGGUACUGCACGCCUGGCUUAAUAAUGAAUAUGUACAGUUUAUACAAGAGUUCAAGUAAAAAGUUGACAACACAAGAAAUAGAACGUUCAUUCGGUAGCAAUAUUUGUCGAUGUACAGGAUACAGACCUAUUCUGGACUCGUUUAAAAGUUUCGCAAACGAUACAGAUCCCCAAAUACAAGACUUGGAAGAUCUAGAUCAAAUGAAAUGCUUAAAACCAUAUCAAAAUGACUGCAAUUUAUUAGACGAGGAGUGGUGUGUUAUUGAGAAAACAAAGAAAUUACAACUGGAAGGUUCAAAACCUAAUCGUUGGUACAAAGCGUUUACACUGCAAGAUGUGUUUAAGAUUUUAGCUAAGGAAGGAGUUGACAGCUACCGUCUUGUCGCUGGCAACACUGGUAAAGGAGUGUAUCCAAUUAAGGAAGAGCCCCGAGUCCAUAUAGAUAUAUCGUCCAUUGAGGGUCUAAAAGAUGCAACGAGGUCCGUGAACCUUGUUCUCGGAGGAGGGAUGUCGUUAACAGAAAUGAUGCGAGUUUUUAAAGUUCACGCUAAAUAUAACGAAGACUUUCAAUAUUUGGAACAUUUUUAUGAACAUUUAGAGUUAGUCGCCCAUAUACCUGUUAGAAAUAUUGGCACUAUUGGUGGUAAUUUGGCGCUAAAAAAUGCACACAAUGAAUUUCCAUCUGACAUAUUUUUAUUGCUACAAACUGUUGAAGCCAUGGUGGCUGUUGUCGACAACAAUCUUCAUAAAACCGAUGUAUCAAUGUCGGACUUCCUCAAACUGGAUCUACGGAACAAAUUGAUAGUUGACGUUAAAUUACCACCUCUGUCUUCAAACGAUAUUAUAAGAACAUACAAGAUAAUGCCGCGCGCGCAAAAUGCUCAUGCAAUAGUAAACGCGGGCUUUUUAUUUCAACUGAGCUCUUCUAACGUGACGUCAUGCUGUCUCGUAUUCGGCAAUAUAAGUCCGGAUUUCAUAAGAGCGAAAGAGACAGAACGUCUUUUAAAAGGACUGGACCUUUAUAAAGACGAAUCUUUGCAAAAAGCCUUAGCGAAAUUGAGCCAAGAAAUUGUACCAAAGGAAUUUCCAACAGAACCGUCACCGCAUUGCAGGAAAGCAAUUGCGUUAGGAUUAUUUUAUAAGGCCAUUUUAUCACAAGCUCCAUCUGUAAACCCUCGAUUUAAAUCAGGAGGCAGUCUACUCAACCGACCUGUCUCCAGUGGUACACAGACUUUUGACACUGACAAAUCUAUUUGGCCACUAAACCAGCCUGUGCAGAAGUUAGAAGGAUUAACACAAUGUUCAGGUGAGGUUCGUUAUUCCUGUGACAUGAGGUAUUCACAGCGCGAUGUUCAUGUCGCCUUCGUGUUGGCUACAGAAGCUGUUGCUGAUAUUAAGAAUAUUAAUGCUACUGACGCUCUGAAAGUUCCAGGUGUGAUAGCAUUCUUCUCAGCUAAAGAUAUUCCAGGGAAGAACAGCUUUACACCCCUAGAUGUUCCCUGGCAGGAUGUGGUGGAGGAGAUCCUUGCCUCCAAAAGAGUGUCUUACUAUGGUCAGCCUAUCGGCCUGAUUGUGGCUGGGAACCAAAAGCUAGCUAUCAAAGCUGCUGAGCUGGUUCAAGUCAAGUAUAAGAAGAUAGCUGACCCAGUACUGACUAUUUCUGAUGUCCUGGUAGCGCCCGAUAAGGAUAAAAGACUACGUAAAGACGUGUCUACAAAAGCAAGUGAUCGUGGUAAGGAGACCACACAUGUUGUGAAAGGGGAGUUUACAAUACCGGACCAGUAUCACUACACAAUGGAAACGCAAAGCUGCGCAGUUACCCCAACAUCACGGGGACUGGAACUGCGCAGUGCUACUCAAUGGAUGGAUCUCGUGCACGUCGCUGUAGCCAGGACGGUCAACUUGCCGCUAAACUGUGUGGAGGUGUCAGUGCCGCGUCUGGGCGGGGGGUACGGUGGGAAGGGCUCGCGGUCUGCGCAGGUGGCAUGCGCGUGCGCACUUGCUGCUCACCUGCUGCGUCGUCCCGCGCACCUCGUGAUGCCUCUCACACACAACAUGCACGCGAUAGGCAAGCGUUCCGCCUGUCUAUUUCAAUACGAGUUGGGAGUAAACGAUGCUGGUGUGGUCCAGUAUCUUAACAUCACUUAUUACUCUGACUGCGGUUGUUCGUACAACGACACCCAAACCUACUACCUAGCAGACAGCUUGAACAACUUGUAUGAUAGCAAGAGGUUUAAUAUCACAGGGUACAGUGUACUCACCGACAAGGCCUCUAACACUUGGUGCAGGGCUCCAGCAACAACAGAAGCAGCUGCAAUCAUGGAACACAUAAUGGAACGUAUCGCACACGUAACUAAAAAAGACCCAAUAGAUGUCAGAAUAGCAAAUCUAGCACAAAAGAACGAUCCACUCAAAGAAAUGAUAGCUACAUUCAAAAUGGAGAUUAAUUACGACGACAGAAAGUCUGAAAUAGCUGAAUAUAAUAAAAGAAAUGCUUGGAAGAAACGUGCUUUGAAGUUAUCCAUCAUGUCAUUUAAGAUAGAAUAUUCUGGAAACUAUCCAGUGACGAUAUCAGUGUACCAUGGUGAUGGAUCCGUGUUGAUAUCACAUGGUGGCAUAGAAAUGGGACAAGGUAUCAAUACUAAAGUGGCACAAGUAUGUGCAUAUGCUUUGGGUAUACCUUUAGAUAAGGUCCAGGUGAAAGGGGCAGAUAGUUUCGUAUCUCCAAACGCGAUGGCCAGCAAUGGCAGCAUCACCAGUGAAUGUGUUGCCUACGCGACGCUGAAGGCCUGCAAGGAACUACUGAAGAGAUUGGAACCGGCAAAGAAAGGAAUUAAAGAACCAACUUGGGAACAGAUAGUUAAGAAAUCUUAUGAUAAUGGUGUGAACCUGCAAACUAGUUCAAUGACGUCACCGUUAGAUUCUCUCCUCGGUUAUGAUGUUUACGGCGUGUGCUGUACAGAGGUCUGCCUGGACGUGCUGACAGGACAGCAUCAGGUGUUGAGGGUCGAUAUCCUGGAGGAUACAGGCCAGAGCAUCAGUCCCAACGUGGAUGUUGGACAGAUCGAAGGGGCAUUCGUAAUGGGUCUAGGUCUAUGGACUUGUGAGAGGCUGCAGUACGCGAGGUCAGGUCGGCUGUUGACAGACCGUACGUGGACGUACAAGCCGCCCGGCGCUCUCGACAUACCGAUAGACUUUCGUAUCAACUUUCGCAGGAAUUCUACUAAUAAUGCUGGUGUAUUGCGCUCUAAAGCGACAGGUGAGCCUGCGUUGGUGCUGGCUGUAGCUGUGACGUUGGCGCUGCACGAGGCUCUACUGGAGGGCAGGAAGGAGUUCGGAUAUGAAGAUCAUGAUUGGCUACAUGUUGAUACACCUUACAGCAUUGAAAACAUAAUGAAAGCGCUCGCUCACAAAAUACAAAGCUUUAAACUUCAAUAAAAAUAAUGAUUUCAUAUGAAUUAGACAUUUUUAAGAUUUUAAUUUUUUAUUUAAUCAUUUUAUGUUUACGU